AUGGCUGCGGACCUGCAGGUGGUGGAUUUCCCCCACGGGGGCCAGCAGGUGCGCGGUCUCAGCAGCAAGGCGGCCAUCAAGAAGGGCCAGGAGAUCCUCUCGGUGCCGCAGCCCGUGAUGCUCACGGACGAGUUCAAGCUCACUGAGCCGAGAUUCAAAGGCACGAAGAGCCCCUUGGGCCUCUACCUGGCGGAGUUGGCCAAGGACCCCGAUGCCGCCGCCGGCAAGGGCAACGAGGUGCUGAGCCAAUGGUUCCGCUCGCUGCCCACCAUGCAGGAGGCCCGGGAGGCUGCCAUCCCCUUGGCUGCCAAGGAGGAGGAGCUGCAGCCUUUGCAGGGCCUGCCGCGGUUGGCGCAGCUGCCCCAGAGCGUGAGCGCCCAGCGGUUGAGCCUUGUGAAGGACCUGGAGCAUUACAACCACGAGGUGGCGAAGAGCGGGGAGCAUGCUGCGCUCACCUUCGAGGAGGCCCUGUGGGGCGCUAUGAUGGUCAGGACGCGGGGCUUCAGCUGCGGGGAGGACGUCAGCGUGGUGGCGCCGGUGGCCGACCUGGUGAACCACAGCCACCAGCCCAAUGCCAGGUGGACCUGCGACUCCGGCAAGAACGCCAAGCUGUCGCUCAUCGCCAAGGAGGACAUCAAGCCAGGCGAAGAGCUGCUGAUCAACUACAAGGCGCAGAGCAACCCGGGCGCUGAGGUCUACUUCAAGAUCUACGGCUUCACCGAUGGCGCCAAGCCCGAGGCCUGGACUUCCUCGGAGUGCGGCAAGCUGCAGGCGGCGCAGCUGGGGGGCGCACCGGUGCUGGACCGAGCCAAGGCUCUGGUGGCCGAGAAGUGCAAACUGCAGACCCUGGAGGCUUCCAUG